AUGUAUUUUUUAUUUUUUCAUGAAAUUGUAUUUAUAAUCGUAUUUACUAAUCUUUAUCGAUUAGUUCACAGUAACAAUAAUGAUAUUCCAUCAAAAAUCAUCUCGAAAAAUCCUAAUGGUUAUCGUUUGUCGACAGUAACAGUUGUCAAAGAUAACGAAACACAUAAAGAACCUUUUAAUAUUAUUGUACGCAUGAUUGCUUUUGGCAUACGUCGUUCUGAUGAUGAUGAUGAUGAUGAAAAUAACGAACAACAAAAGUUAGUUAAUAAAAACUUGCCAAUGACAAGCAAUCAUAAAUUUUUUUUGUCAUCGAAUGAAGAUUCUGAUCGUUUCAAAUUACAGAAAAAUACUCGACUUUUACUUUUACCAUUAAUGAUUCGUAUGCUUCUAGAACGAAUUGCUGAACAUACAAAUAUUAUUGAGAAAUCUAAUAAUUCACAAAAAUUCUAUGAGGUUAAAAUAAAAUUCUUUACUAUUAAAUAUUUAAUUAAUUUAUUUUUGUAA